AUGAAAAAAUUCUUAGUAUUAGCAUUCCUUGUUCUUUGCAUAACAGCUAAAAAGCAUCACAAAUCAGAAGAUGAAGGAAGUACAGAAUAGACAGAUCCAAUGGUUUAAUGCCUUUCAUAAAAUUGUAUGAAUGAGGCAUUUGGAUGUUUCUUUGAUGAAGAAUGUGGUAAAACAAUGGAAGCUUGUGAUGCAGAACAUGGAGAAAAUAUGAAUAUGGAAAAUGUAAGUGAUUAAAAUUAUUAUUUUAGCUUGCUUCAUGCACCUCCAAUAAUGAAUUAGCAAGUGCUUUUGCUAAUUGUAUGUAAACCAAUUGUGCCAGUUUCGAAUAGGUUAUGAGAUUUUUCAACAGAAGAAAAUGAGAAUCUUGGUGAUUUGAUGAUUAAAAC